CGGGGCACGGAAACGGUGAAAUUACUGAAAUUGGCAUGGCUGCGAGUUACGGCGAAAUAAAAAUAUACAGAACGUCCGAUAAAAGUGCGUACAGGUGUCCGAACGGGAGUGCGUAGGUGUCCGGGACAGUUUUCCUGGUGUUUGUGAAAAGGUGUUGAAAUCUGCAGCAUCGUGCGUGUGGUAAAUCCAGUAAACAUGAUAAACUUGUGGUGUUUGCAAGAUAAUACUUUCCCGUUAUUGCAUUGAAACCUUCUAAACUUCCUAUUUGAGAUUAAAUUACAAUCAAUUUGACGCUUUUCCUUAGAUUCCAAUUGAGGCAAACCACCCGCAAAUACAAUGAGAAAACGACACAGAAAGUUCGGUUAAACCCUGUGAUCUAGUUUAAGUAAACAGUGCCUGAAAUCAAACACAAGUGUGUAAAAGUGAGAAAAACCAACAUGUCGUUCUUUAACAAUAUUAAAAAAGUGCUGCACUUUGGCGGCAACGAUGCCAAGAAGAAGAAGGUUUACAACAACGUGAAAAUGGAAACCGAUCCUGAGGAAUAUUGGGAUAUGAUUGGGGAAUUAGGGGAUGGAGCUUAUGGGAAAGUUUACAAGGCUCAACAUCGGCAAAGUGGGAUGUUGGCAGCAGCGAAAAUGUGCCGGCUGGAUGGCGAAGAUGACCUGGCAGACUUCAUGAUAGAAAUCGACAUUUUAACGGAAAUCAAGCACCCGAAUAUAGUGGAAUUGCUUGAAGCGUUCCAAAAGGAACAACAGCUAUGGCUUCUAAUCGAAUACUGUGAUGGGGGUGCUUUGGACAGCAUCAUGACUGAGCUGGAAAAGCCGCUAACUGAGCUUCAAAUCGCUUACGUUUGCCAGAAUAUGUGCAAGGGGCUGCAGUUUUUACACAAAAGCCAUGUUAUCCACAGAGACCUCAAAGCGGGCAAUGUGCUGCUUACAAUGGCAGGUGGCGUUAAAAUUGCCGAUUUUGGCGUAUCUGCGAAAAACAAGUCGACUCUUCAGAAGCAUGAUACCUUCAUCGGCACGCCGUACUGGAUGGCCCCCGAAGUGGUUCUUUGCGAGACUUUCCGAGACAAUCCCUAUGACUUCAAGGUUGAUAUUUGGUCCAUGGGCAUUACGCUUAUUGAAUUCGCCCAAAUGGAGCCGCCCAAUCACGAGAUGUCGCCCAUGCGGGUUUUGUUAAAGAUCCAAAAAAGUGAUCCCCCCAGACUGGAACAGCCGUCCAAAUGGUCAAAAGACUUCAACGAUUUUAUCGCGAAAUCCCUAAUCAAGGACCCUCAAAAGCGACCCAACUGCGAAGACCUGCUGAGGCAUCCGUUUGUUAAUCGGACUUUGGAUGUGAAGCCCCUGACGGAAUUGCUACUGGAAUAUCGGGCCGAGGUUGUCGAGGAAGAGCUGACGGAUGAUGAUCCCGAGGACCGAACGUCUCAUGUACCGCUGGACAUCGAAGAAGACUCCACGUCAGUGCAAAGCCAUGAUGUCGAUGCGAAAGAAGCACCGUCGCCUAGUUCAGACAAGGACGAUAAAAAGGUGCCAGUGGUGGUUCCGGUGGCCGCAGCGGCAGAAAAGAGCAUUGCAGGUGAGAAGAAAGAUGAGCCGGUUAUGCGGCGUUCCUCGCACGAUAAAGGACCGGCGCCGCCUCCGCCCCAAUUGCAAACUCAGCACUCGCAGGAGAAGGAAAAGGGUCCGGCUCCGCCUCCGCCUCCUCUUCUCCCAGAAAAAUCAAGCAGUUCUCGAGCGGAACCAUCCCCUGCCGUUAAAUCGCCACCUGAACAGAGUGCGUCUGCACCUCCUGCUCCAGUUUUGCCCACUCCACCACCGCCACCUCCAAUUCUACCCUCUUUGCCCACUCCGCCAGCAUCGCCAGUUACUCCUCCUGUUACACCGCCGGAAGAGGAUCAGCGGGGGUUGAGAGUCGCCGAUAUCCCGUUACCACCGCCUCCAGUUCCAGAUAAACCGAAGGCAGAAUUCGCAAAAGACUUCACAGACGACGCGAGUCGGUCUUCCAAUAUUGCGCAAGUAAAACGGGCUUUAGAGAGCCAAUUCGGCAAACGAUUGUCGCGAGAUCGGCCCGUGGAGAGUGUCAGCGAUAGCAUUGUGACGGUUAAUAGCUCGAGUGGCACCACACCAGAAGACAGCAUGAACUUUGUCAUCGUUUCCACUCCGCAGUCUGAGCGCAACAAGAACACGUCUACCAUCACAAUCAACUCGGAUUUGCCUGAUCAAUCCAAUAGCUUAGCGUCGAAUAUCAGUCAGGUGACAGUGGUAACGACCCAUCCUCCAAUAAUCAUCGACAAUUCCCACAUGAUGUCCAGAACAUCGUCGGCUUCGCCUAGCAAUCACAGUUCAGGCGAAGUGGUUAUAGUUGCCAAUGAAACCAACAAAACACAACUUGAGUCCUCCGAUGAGGAAUUCUGCCCUUCAUUGGACUCUUUGGAGUAUCCACCGCCUAGCGAGUUUAGGGACAAACCCAUCAAAGGAAAGAAACUGGAUGAAAGCGAGGUAUUAAUUACGGACUCUAGCUACGUGAUCAACGACUCCGGCUUGGACGUUUCCGAGGCCAAUUCAAGGCUGCUGGAUACUAGUCAUGUCUCCGUCGUUAAAAUCGACGAAGAGAAGGUUCAAGUCAAGGAUUCAACAUCCUACAUCGACAAAUCUGGCGCUGAAACCUUUAGAAGUUCCACCAGCGAUCUUUCGAACAGCAGCUCUGGAAAAUCGGGCAGCACCAAGAGCGACUACGGCGACGAACUUCGCGGUACAUCCAUCAUUCUGGAUAGCUACAAAAUGAACGGCCGGAUAGUUUAUUCAUCCAGUGCCGAAGACACCUACAAGCGCAAUCCUUUGAAUGGAAAGGCGUAUGUAGAUAACUACGAAUCUGCAACUAGCGACAGGUCUCAUAGUGACUGCGGCUCAGUGAGAAGCACAGAUUCGCACCAUAGAAGGCCGGUUUCAGUAAGCAAGUCUGAUGUGGAAAGCAUAUCCAUUGCGAGCCAUGAAAGCAGGGGCAGCAAUGGGAAGGAUUCUGUGAAAAACGACGACGAAAUCGAAGAUCACGCGGUUAUUUUACGGAAGCCCCCAAAAACAGCUUCACAAACUGCAGCCAUAUUAAACAGAAAGACUAGAAAGCGCACUAGAAAAUUCAUGAUAGAUGGCGUAAUGAUUACAACUACCACCAGCAAGGUGAUUUAUGGCGACGAAGACAAUCCCCAAUGGGACCCUUUGUUUAAUCGAAAGCAGGAACUCAGAGAACUCAAGUUGCUGCAGAAGCAGGAACAGAAACAGUUCCAAGAUUUGGCCACUAAGGAGAACCUGGCUUUGGAACAGCAGGAGCGCAAAUUCGAACAGGAACGACAGAACUUGGAGAGAACCUAUGAAAAUGAUCUAGAGGUCCUCAGUAGACAACAGAGAGUGCAAAUCGAGCGGGCGGAAGCCCACCAAGACGCCGACCUCCGAGCCACUUCGAAGAAGAUCCGAUCAGAGCAGGAACGGGAGCUCAAAUUGUUCAGGGACGGCUUAAAACAGGAACUGAGGUUAUUAAAGGCUGAGGUGGAUUUGCUGCCGAAAGAGAAGCGAAAGCACGAAUUCAAACUGCGGAAGGAUAAAAUGGACGCUGAUCACUCGGAGCGCGAGCGAACCUUCUUGGAGAAGCUCAAUGAAAACCACGAAAGUUCUUUGAGGCGUCUGAGCGACUCUCAUCGGGAGAAAAUCGCAUUGAUGGAGCGCCAGUUUUUGCAGCAAAAGCAGCAACUUACCAGAACAAGGGAGGCAGCGCUUUGGGAAGUCGAGGAGCGCCACAUUCACGAAAAACAUCAACUAAUGAAGAGGCAAAUCAAGGACAUUUUUAUACUGCAAAGGCAUCAAAUGCUGACCCGGCAUGAAAAAGAGAAGGAGCAAAUCAAGAGACGUGCUGUAAGGAAGGAGGAGGAGCUAUUGAAGAAACAGACCACCGAGAAGAGGAAUUUGCCAAAGAGAAUUAGAACGGAAAUGAAAGCCAGAGAGGCGAUGUUCAGGGAGUCGAUGAGGAUUUCCAUAUCCGGGGCUAGUGACCCCGAAAUCGAAAAGAACAAAUUUAAAGACUUUCAAGAGAAGGAAAAGAAGAGAUACCAGGCAGAGCAACAGAGGUUUGAGCUGAAGCAUCAGAAGCAGCUGGAAGAAUUGAGAGCAAUGAGCGAGGCAACCAUAAAGGAGUUGGAGCAGUUGCAAAGCGAAAAGAAGAAAAUGCUGCUCGAGCACGAGACUCUGAAGCUGAAACAGCGGGAAGAACAGUUCAUGUCCGAGCUGAAAGAGUGGAAGGCGCAGCUGAAGCCGCGCAAGCAGAAAAUCGAAGAGCGAUUGCACCGUGAAGCUUUGCACAGCAAAUACGUGCAGUACCUGCCACGCGUAACGAUCGCAGCUGCAGGUAGUUCGUCAGACUUUGAUGUGCCUGAACAGAAGGGACCGGUUUCGGUUCCAGCAAGUCCGAUCGCUACUCGCAAGCAGGCGUGCGGUCAUCAAAGGACCUGGAGUACGAGUGUUCUUAAUGAAACAUCGAGAAAUUCCAGUUCAAAUCGGGCUCUGCCCGUUCGCAAAGUGGUCGAAGACAGAAAGCUUAGCUUUGAAAACCCUGACGAUUCGGCCGCUUGAGGAUUAUUUAUCGAUGAUAUUCAAAAUUAUUGCCUGUAGAGAAACUAGAAGAAACCUUUGCUCAGCAGCUGGAAGAGCAAGAAAGAGUGUAUGGGCCCAUGAACACUCCGCUUAUAUUACCUUCAGACCUGACCGACUUGCAGGCCGACUCUUGUAGCCGAAUCGGCCUCAGUUCGACUAGAAGCAGCCUUAGUUCGGUAUCCGAGGGUUAGGCGCUUUAACUGUUAAUUUAGCACAAAGCUUGUUCGGUUAGGAACAGGAUUUUCUUGAAGCCCCGCUGUUCAAUCCAUUGCGAUUUCUCCGGAAAUGAUUGAUCAGUUGAAUCACUGCGGUGCUUCUAUGCGUUUGCUUAACCCCGAUUUAUUAUAUACCCAAUCUGAACAAACUGUUGGUCAGUGUUUAGCUAACUUAAAUAACUCAUUAAAUCACCCCGGCCGUCUUCAUUUACCAAAAUCAUCGUUAUGUCUCCCGUUUAACCCUCCCAUUCAAGUUUACUGGUGUAAAUAGAGAAUUCGAACACUAAUUAUAACUACAUUUUUUCUUAGAAGUAGCGUAAGUUAAAAUCAGUUAGAAAGUAAGGGACACCGUAAUAUCGUUCCCACAGAGUGUUUUAUUCUUGUAAGUUCUUUUAAAUGCAAAAAGAUAUCGCGGUGUCCUGUAUAUUUAUGUACAGUCAGUGUAUGAUUUUAUUUUUAAUGUUAAUAUUAUUUUUAUUAUUAUUGAAAUAAAAAAGUGAAACAU